AAUUGGGAUCACAGACUUCAUAAAUCCCAAGGAUUUGAACAAGCCACUGCACGAAUUUGUAGAGGUGAUCACAAUUUUCAAUCUUUGUCUAUUGUCGCCUCCGAUUGUUGGGAAAAGUAAAAAAUGCAAAGGUCCCAAAAAUUCCAAAUUGCUGCUCCUUCCCUCUUAGGUUUUCAAUCCUCCACUACUCACCGCCGCAGCGACGCCACUCAUGUCGUCUUCAACUAGAUCUGCCUAUUCACAUAUGAAAUUAAACUGGCAGUAGAAUGAAACCAAACCAGGUAAAUCAUUGUAAUUUCAUUAUUUACGAAUAGGUUUAUGUCUUUGUUUAAUAUUUUAUUUGAUAAAAACCCUAAUAUAGGAAUGGGUAUUUUGGUUGUUCUUAACAGUCACUCAUUUCCAUUCACAGUAUGCCAUAUAAUACAAGACUUUAGUGAUAUUUUUAUGUUUUUAGGAAUUGUUUAUGUGCUAUUGGUGAUAAUGAUACUGAAGUUUUGGAUCGGAGAAUGAAUAUUCAUAUCAUCAAGUCAAUAAUGUAUGAGACUUGGGUUUCAAUUUUAGUUUUGGAUUGCAUUUUAUAAUCAAUAUUAUGUCUUAAUUUCAGUUUCGGAUUGCUUUGGAGAAUGAAUAUUAUGUUCUACUUCCAGUUUUGGAUCGAGAGUGACUAUUGUUUUUCACUUACAGUUUUAAUCUUUGAUUACUUUAAAUAGGGAGAUAUAUUAUAUCUCAAUUUCAAUUAUUAAGUCCUGGUACUGAUCAUUCUCAUCUAGCAUUUAUUAUACUAAAAACCAAAAUUGAGGCUUCUACACUUAAUGUAAUAGUGUUAGUAAUCAGAUAGAUUAAUUAGUUUUGUAGAUCUAAUGUAUUUUAUAAUUUUGAUUUUUCGUUUUAUUCCUAAACUAUUGUAUGAUUAUGUACAUGUAAUGAUGAAUGGAUUCAAUAGCUAAUUUUAAAAUAUUUUUAAUAUUUAUAUUAUUAUUCUUGUGUUGAUUAAAUUUUAUAAUUCAAUUUAAUUUUUCAUGGGCAGAUCUCAAUGUCUGAUGCAAUUAAAAUUUAAAUUGUUGGGAACAUCUAGAUUCAAGGUAAGGACUAUGUUCUUCUUUAUUUGCUCAUUCUUGUACUGCAAAUAAGCUGCAAAAUAUUGUUACGUAAAACCUGUAGCAUAUUAUAUUUCACCCUUAUAUUAUAUAUUUCACUCUACAACUUUAUUUUAUCAUGUGUUUCUACAGAAGCUAACAAAUUUGUUCGUUGGUUACAGUGAGUCAACUCAGGUUCAGAAUAAAUAGGUAUAAAAAAGGAGAAAUGACGAGCUAUCUGUGGAGGAAAUACGCUGACUAUGUGUACACGAAAUGGGAGAGGACGAUUCUCUGGGAUAUGAUUGAUCCAUACCGGCGGCCCAAAUCGUUCACUCCGUUAGUCACCAUCUACAUCUGUGCUUUUUAUACCGGUGUUGUAGGCGCUGCAAUCACCGAGCAACUCCACAAGGAGAAAUAUUGGGAAACACACCCUGGGGAAUCUGUUCCUUUAAUGAAGCCAAUGUUUUACCGAGGGCCUUGGAGAGUUAUGAGAGGUGACGUGCCUCCAUUCAUCAAGAACGAAUAGCUAAAUGCAGCCACCACUUAGCUAUGGGUGCUUGGUUAUCAUUUGUAUAUUUCCAAGAUAUCAGAAAAGAUGCAGGUAAGAGAGAAAAAUACGGAGUUGUAGAAUCGAGGACUUCAUACAAAGAUGCAGAAUAAGAUGUUAUAGUCUUAUUGACAAGCUCAAUGAUUAGUUGUAAUUGACAGAGCAGUACAAAUAGGAAAUACAGAGGAACAACAACAGCGAAACUCGAGAAAAACAAGAAUUGCAGUUAUUUAUUGAUCAUCAUAAAUAAUAAUUUGCAAGAUCGAAUCUACAGUUGCAAUAAUCUUAAUCAC